GGUAAUACUUUUUGUUCACAUGUUUUGUUUUUUGUUUACAUGUCGGUAUCAUAUUGUAUUGCAUUUGGGGUUUUUUUUGUUUUUGUUGUUUAAAAAAAAAUCUAUUAUGUUAUACUUUGAGUAACAAAUAGUCUAGUUCCCUGUUGAUUUCAAUUCAUGUAAGCUUCUUUUAAAACCAAGAGUGCAUUUCCGGUUUACUUGCAGGAUGUCACUUUUACGAGUGGAUUACGUCCUUCCACCCGCAGUCCAGUACAUAUAGAGUUAAUAAGGGUUGACAAGCUAUCAGUACUUGCGCAUGCGCAGCUAAAGGCGACAGAGGAAACAGCCGGGGAGUAGUCAAACAGUCCGCGAUCUACGAGAAGAGAGAACUGAGUACGGGAAGAGGAUCGACAGCGCGGCUUUAAAGGGGUUUUCUACCCCUCAGAAGAAUUAUGCUAAUCUCGCCGGUGUCGCUUCCGCUCAGGUGUUCGCUUCCCAGUCGCUGAAUGGCGCUGGUUACCGUGCAGCGUUCACCGACCCCCAGCACCAGCUCCAGCCCCUGUGUUUCGGAGUCCGGCAGUGGAGAGGAUGAUCGCCGCUCUCAACCACGGAGCAUCAGUGAAAGUUUCCUGACAGUUAAAGGAGCUGCUCUGUUUUUACCUCGAGGAAAUGGCUCCUCCACAUCAUCUGCCUCCCGCUUUUCACAGCUGCGUAGCAAACAUGCAGGUGACAUCCAGCAGCACCUACAAACCAUGUUCACUCUUCUCAGACCAGAGGACAACAUCAAACUCGCGGUUCGUUUGGAAAGUGUUCAUCCUCAGUUCACUCGAUACAUGGUGGUGGUUUCAACCAAUGGUCGCCAGGAUACGGAGGAGAGUGUGGUGCUGGGAAUGGAUUUCAGUCCCAUAGACAGUUCAUGUUCUGUAGGACUGGUUCUGCCUUUAUGGAGUGACACGUUGAUACAUCUAGAUGGAGAUGGGGGUUUCAGUGUAUCAACUGAUAGCAGAGUGCAUAUUUUUAAGCCUGUUUCUGUGCAGGCCAUGUGGUCUGCUCUUCAGUCGCUCCAUAAAGCAUGUGAGGUCGCUCGUUCUCAUAACUACUUCCCCGGCAGCUUGUUUCUCACUUGGGUCAGCUACUAUCAAAGUAGGGUGUCCUCUGACCAGGCGCUGAUCAACGAGUGGAAUGCCAUGCAGGAUGUGCAGUCACACCGUGCGGACUCACCUGUCCUUUUCUCUGAUGCACCUACAGAAAGAGAGCUGACAGAGCGUCAGAUCAAGACCAGUUUGAGGGAAAUCAUGAUGCAGAAAGACCUCGAAAACGUCACCUGUAAAGAAAUCCGCACAGAGCUGGAAAUGCACAUGACAUGCAACCUACGGGAGUUCAAAGAGUUCAUCGACAACGAGAUGAUUGUCAUUCUGGGACAGAUGGACAGCCCUACUGAGAUCUUUGAUCAUGUCUUUUUGGGAUCUGAGUGGAAUGCAUCCAAUUUGGAGGAGUUGCAGGACAGUGGUGUUCAGUACAUACUCAACGUGACAAGGGAGAUUGAUAACUUCUUCCCCGGUGUGUUCGAGUACCACAACAUCCGUGUUUACGAUGAGGAGGCUACUGAUCUGCUCGCCUACUGGAAUGACACCUACAAGUUCAUCUCCAGAGCCAAGAAAGCUGGGUCCAAAUGUCUGGUGCACUGUAAAAUGGGGAUAAGUCGCUCUGCAGCCACUGUGAUCGCAUAUGCCAUGAAAGAGUAUGGCUGGGAUUUAAAGAAAGCCUUCGAUUAUGUCAAGGCGCGACGAGCUGUGACUAAGCCGAACCCUUCUUUUAUGAGGCAGCUGGAGGAGUAUCAGGGGAUAUUACUGGCCAGUCGGCAGAGGCACAACAAACUGUGGCGUUCGCACUCUGAUAGCGAUCUGUCCGAGCAUCAUGAGCCCCUCUCCAAAUCUUAUGGCCAACCUCAUAGUCUUGGUCGUUCUGACCCUCAUAACCAGGUCAGCAGUGCACCAGGGCCCUCUGUGAUAGAACUGCUGGAAUCGAUGGGAAGCCCACCCAAUGCUGGCAGAAUUAGCCUUCAGGAUACUAGCACCCAGUCCAAUCAGCUCAGCUCAGUAUCAUCUGAGGGAGCUGCAACUCUAACAAAUGACACUGUCACAGAAAACCUGGAGACUACUGUUCCUUCUCCUGUAGUACAUGGCAACGAGUCCACAGCUGGUUCUGUGUCUCAGUUAUCCCAGCCGCUCUCAAAUGGCUUAUGUGACCCUGAAGAGCAGCAAUCAUCAGCUUCUUUCUACCAGCCAACGGCUGCCACGGUGGUGCCAGAGCCCCAAAAGACAGAUGUAGUGACUGUUGCAGAGAGUGUUGUGGUGGGCCAGCCCCACCCUCCCCCUUCUCUUCACCACCUCCCCACUUCCCCUGCUCCAUCCCUGACUCCAACAUGUGUGGACAAGGAUAACAAACCACAGGAAAUACCGGUGGCAAAUCUCAUAACCGUGUCAGUGCCUCAGCCCAAAACAACACAAUCACCAAGCACACAGUCCACUGAGCCACCGUGUGUGUCAGCACCAGUGCCUGUCAAAAAAGUGGACUGUGACCCACAGAUGUGUGGCUUGUCUUCAGAGGGUGUAGCAGUGGAUCCUCCCUCUGCUAAUGAUUUUAUCAGCUAUACCAGUGCCAUUCCUAAAGACGAUGAAGUGUUGCUGGGCCACAGUGCAGAUCACAUUAACUUUUUUAGUGCCAGGGAAAAAUUCAAGGGAAUGAGUCAAGAUGGUAAAACUCACUGUGCUGCAGUGCAGCAGUCACCACCACUGAAGAGUUGUGCCAAGGAACAACUGCUGCUACACGACAUGUCCAACAUCGGGGAGAAAGAGGAGGAAAAAAGAAAAGAUAUCAUUAACGCUGUGCAGGCCACAGGACCGAAGCUUGCAGUGCACACAGAUUCUUCAUCUUUUAGCCGUCUUAGCCAACCACUAGUCCUUCAGGAUCUGGAUGUACUGAUGUCUGUGCAGGAAAUGAAAGACAUACAUAUUUCAUCAAAGAAUGAAGCUGAGAAUGUCAAGGAGGAAGUGAAAAACAAAGAAGAGGACGAGGUGGGUACGGCUCGACUCUACAGGGAUUGGACGAGGGGGUCUGUGCGGCGUGUCACUCAACAGCUGGAAGAACGAAUGAAGCAGGAGCAUGAAACUCCAGCUACCUGCUCCUCCUCUCCACCAUUCGUUUCUGGUAGCACCUCCUGCUCACAGGGACACAUGCCCAGUGUCAAUCCUACAUCUGUGGAGGAUGAUAGGACAUUUGAAUUGAUUAAAAGGGAGAGUGGUGAUAAAACUGAGGAAGGUGCUCACGGAUAUAAUGACGCAAGCACAAAAGUACACAAACUCCAGCCUGCUGAUAUUAGAAUGCUCUCUACCUCUUAUCCUUUUCAUCACGUUUCCCUUUCACCCUUUGCCUCUGUGAACUUCCUGUGUCUGGAGGGAGUGACAGAGAUGGAGUCGGCCACAGAUUGGAACUACACCACAGUGGGACCUCCAAGUGACAUUGUUCUGAGGGAGACAUGGGAGACUCUGUGUGAGCUGAGUGCUUUUCUGCAGCAGGUGAGCACUGAAGGUGUCCACAAGACCAGAUGUGUGGACCAGGUUUUUGGCCUUGGUGCCGGUGCCCCCCAGACCCGAUGUAGCAGCAUUCAGAAGAAGGUCAGAGAGGUGGAAGCCAGGAUUCGCCAGGCAGGCCUGACCCCUCCAUCCCAGAUGAAACGAUCCGCUUCCCUGGCAAAGCUUGGCUGUCUGGAACUGCUGGCCAAUGACCUGAGUGAGUGGGAGCUCAGUCGCACAUCUGUGUGUCUGCCUUCAGCAAUACCUACAGUUCAUAUAGGUGAUGACUCCAAGAAGCAGCGGGUCCAGGCGUGUCUGUCUUCAGCUGACCAGCAGCAUGAUGUCCCAGGGGAUGAUGUAGAGCAUCUCUCCGAACCUGAAGAAACCUCCACCGUAGUCUCUUUAUCAUCACAUUGCAGUUCACAAAGGGAAACAUCUGACAACCCUGACCUUGAAUCUGUGCAUUCUCCUGACCUGUCACUCAUGACAACAAGGCAGCAGUACGGGAGGACUCACCCACUGAGACGUCUUAAGAAAAGAACUGUCAGUACCGUUUACCACACAAUGUAACCCCCCCCCUCCGCAUCCCCACCUCUCUCUCUCUCUCUCUUUUUCUCUCUCUCUCUCUCUCUGUUUGUGUGACUGUGUGUUUAUGUGUGAUGAAAAGAGAACAGGUAAUGUAGCCCACACCUGUGAACAACUGAAGAUGAAGUGUAAAUGUCAACUUUAUCCAGCAAAACCAAGCAAUGCCUCUUGCCUUAAAAGAAUACGAUUGGUGAUGUGUGUAAAUAUCCCCUACAGAUCACAGCGAGCCUCCACAUAUCUGAGAUACCUGUCUCAUUGCUAAGGCAGUGUCAUGGCUGUGACGGUAUGGGCUAAAAAGUAAAAAAAAAAAAAAGAAGCAGUCAGACUGGAACUGGAGCACCAUUUGCAUAUUAUAAAUCAGUACAGUUCUUCCAAUGCCUGAGCCUGCACACUCUUAGCCUUCACACAUUGCUGGUCUUUCUAUCGACACCUUCAUAUUCACUUGCUUGCUGCCAGUUGACUAAUCAGCUCUGACUGAUGGGAGGUGGCGGAAUGUAGCCGGUGUUUUCAUCAUCUUGUGCGCCAAUGUUUUUCACACAUGCUUGAGUAAUUGCGCUGUUCACAACGUGGUGAUUAUGUGCUCUCCUGUAUACCAACGGAACAGCUCCACAGAGUCAACAGUUGCAUAAUUAUUGGAUAUUAUUACCAAAACACCCCUUAAGGUGAGGAGGCGUGCUGUUUUUAUUUCACCUUUCAAACACCAUUACCUCAGUACACCUGAACCAAACCUGACCUGCACAUAUGUCAAACUCUGGAUUUCUGGAAGGAUCCAUCUCAAUCAGAAGGAAUUUGAAUUUUACUACUUGAUAAAGUGAAGUGAUGUUUGUGUCUCUUGUGUCCUGUCACAGUUCUGAUGCCACUUGGUAUGGUUGUUUUGGGGGGUUUUAAGGGUAGUUGACGGGGAUUUGGAUUUCUGUUCUGGGGUGCAAAUGGUCUUCAUUGUGAGGAUUGCGUUUUUAGGAACUGUUUAUGUUUUGUUUUUUUAUAUCUGGUUGCUGUCUGUAUGCGAGUGCAACAACGUAGCACAAGUUUUUAUUUUUUAAGUAUUUCCUUUUUAAACUUUGUAGGUGUGUGUGUGUGUGUGAGAGAGAGAGAGAGCGAGCAAGUGAACGCUUCUCUGCAGUCCUAUCAGAAAUGUCUGUACAGGGAGGUCUGUCAUCCAUGCACUUUACUCCCUUUUUAAUUUUUAUGUUAAAUGUAGCUUAAGUUUAAGUGUUUUCCGUGUGAUUGCUAGUUCUGAGGUGCAUGCUUAGAUAGUAAAGGCUGUGGGGUAUGUGUGUGUGUUGUCAAAGCCAGUUGUUUUCUUUAUUUUAAUCUAUCAGUGUAAAUAUUCUUUUAUAUCAUGUGCUUCAACUGUGACCAUUAAACAAUGGAAGUUAUUUAGAA